GGAAACUAUGACGCAUCUGGGGGAGCCAACACUUUGUCUCUAUCUCCCUCCCACCAUCGAACUUUCACACACGGUUCUCUCGGCAUCUGGUCUUUGGGGCCAGAACCAGAAGAAGAUGGAAUCUUUGCAGGCCCCCGAAUUAGAGAAGGAAAAAAAAAGCAAUCACAGCGUAAAUGGACCUCUGACGUAAAUGCUACGCUUGGGUGUUGACUUGGGUUCGAAGAGGGAUAGACCAUGCGCAAUUCCCCCCUUCUCUUGAGUAUAAAGAACCCUGUCCAGGUCACACAUCUGAUACCAUCCAGGACCAGUCUGUAACCAGUUCGAUCACAAAGAACCAAAAGCCACCACUCAAGGCCUUGCCCUAUCGCGCGCUUUCUUUCUUCUCAGCUCUCUCUUUUCCCCAGCGGAUUUAUAGCAACCCUAGCCGACCCUCGAUCUUCCCAGGUCAUCUCCUUCUCAGAGCCAAAGAGAUAUACUACGAAGAUGUUGCUCUCCACCACCGUGGCGCGUCCCCUGCAGCUGCUCACCCGGUUCAUGCAAUGGGCCAGCGCAGUCAUCGUGAUGGGCAUCACCUCCUACUUCAUCCACCGGGGUCCGCGCGGGCAGCACAUCAUCUACGAUGAGGUUAUUUCCACCAUGUCCGUAGUCUUCUUCCUCCCGGCCUUCGUCUCGCCAUUCAUGCCCCACGCCCUGAGCAAGUUCGUCCUAGCGAUUGACGUGAUCUUCUCCUACCUAUGGCUCACCUCCUUCAUCUUCGCCGCCCAAGACUACAACUGGCACAACUGCGGCGCCAACGCUCCCCCGGGGGCCUCCUGCGCCCUGAAGAAAGCUAACGAGGCCUUCAUCUUCCUCACUUUCAUCUUCACCUUCUUCGCCAUCUUCCUCGAAGUCGGCGCCCUCUGGGCCUACCGCCGCGAGAACGCCGCCCCCGCCCGCGAGAAGCACACGGGCGGUGCGCACGGCGGGCCCGCGGAUGCGCCGCUCGCUGCGUCGGCUUAGGGUCUCCACCAGUCACUUGGUGUGAAUUGAAUUGAACUAAACUGGACAGGAAUGUGCUGGUCUUGGACACUGUCAUCGGCUGAGUUACUGAACUAUACCGAAGAUGAUGGGAUGCGAGAUCGACUUUGUCUCGAAUUUUCUCGAACCGUGUUAUGAUGAUACCAUGUUCUGGGUCAGCUGGAACCACCUCACCCGGCCGUGACUUGCUACUUACUUACUAGUUUAAUCUUGUUGUGGAUGAAGGGUUGCAUGAUGACUUGAUUUUUAUGUUUGUUGGUUGGUUGAUGGUGAUGGUGAUGGUGAUGCGAUAAUGGAUCUAAUGAUGUUGAUGAUGAUGAUGAUGAGGUCGGUGAAGAGAUAGUGGGUAUGGUUAUGGUUGUUGUUGUUGUUGUUUAUACCUUUCUCGCUACCACGUUUAUAGUUAUAGUAAUCAACUUAAUCUUCC